GGCCGGGGUAAAAAGUGGAGCAGAAAUUUUCAGGACAUUGGCUAUUGUUACAAGAAGUCGGAGCUGAGGCAGGCGGCAAUGACAUGCAUGUGAAAAUACAUAGUGAGGAGGAGGGAGUUCAGGGGAUGGAUGAUACUGGUAAUCUCCGCCAGGGGGAGACUGUCACGAUCAGAACUAGUGGGGACGCACUGGAUGGGCAGGAGGUGGGAAGCUUACGCCGCCCGUCGUGUUCCAUCCCUCACUCCCAGGAGCCCUUGGACUUCCUGGUCCAGAUUCUAGGGAUGCAUAAGACUAUUGCGAUCACAAUGAUUACGAGCCCAACAACUAUGGACGAGAAGAGUGUGAUCUUGGUGUAUCCCCAGCUUGGUUCAGAUGAGGGUUCGGGUAGGGCAGGGGAGGAACGUGCAAUCUGUGUACCGACAACAAGGAAGAAUGAGAGCACGUCGACCAUUGUCGCAAGCAAAGGGGAAAGAUCGGAUAACGAUCUGGCCCACGAAUUUGAAAUGCUGUUGCGGGGCGGUGCGGGCGCUCAAGUGAGGGAUUCAAUAGUGAAAAUGCCAGUGAUCAAGGAUCAAGGCCACUGCCUUCAAAAGAUUAUGGUAUCAUCUGAGUCGCGACAAUCUCCCUGGUUUCAUGGACUCACCAUUCUGUCUGAAGGCAUCUUCAACGGCAUCUGUGCUACCGGUUCAUGGUCUUGUGGACGAAACGGGCCGAAUGGUGGCUGGAUGAGACUCCCGCCACGUCACCGGGAACGGCAUUGGUGA